CUCCAUGAACGUCCUUCAUUAAUGAGAUAAAAUAUAUAUACAUAUAUAGCGGAGAAUUUAAACUUCAUCUUCUUCAUCAUGGUAGAGGAUAUGCCACCUGGGUUUCGUUUUUACCCAACUGAAGUUGAAUUGAUUUCCUUCUAUCUUCAUCACAAGCUUCAUGCUAACUCAGAGGACUUCAGCAGAAUUAUGGACCAGGUUAUACCUGUUGUAAAUAUUUACGACUUCAAUCCCUGGGAACUUCCACAAUUUUCACAAUACCUGUGCCACAAAGAUCCUGAACAAUGGUUCUUCUUCGUUCCGAGACAAGAGAGUGAAGUACGAGGAGGGAGACCAAACAGACUGACAACUGAAGGAUAUUGGAAUGCUACUGGAUCACACGGUUUCGUUUACUCUUCAAAUCGCAUAGUUGGAGGAAAAAGAACAAUGGUUUUCUAUAGGGGAAGAGCUCCAAAUGGAAGGAAAACUCAGUGGAAAAUGAAUGAAUACAAUGCCAUUGAGCGAGAAGCAUCAACAUAUGCAAGGCAACAUUUCAGUUUGUGCCGGGUGUACAAGAAAACGAAAUGCUUGCGGGACUUUGACCGGCGUCCAGCUCCACCACUUCCACCGCUUCAACUGGAAGCAAUAAUGGGCCAGUCAAGGGCUCAGCAAGUUGAAGAUCAUAUCGGUGAUGAGGCUACAACCUCUCAACAUCAUCAUCAGCCUAGCUCGCAAAUAUGUACGGUAGAGAGCACAAACUCGGUAGAGUGCUCAUCCUCAGUAGACCAUGGCCACACCUCUCAAAAUGAUGAAAGUAACAACAUGGCCGUGGGUUCUGAUUGUGAUCAUCUUUUGUGGGAUUUGGAUCAAUUGGAUUUGUUCUGCGGCAUGCGAUAGAGGAAAUUAAUCUAAUUAAAGGAGUUGCUUUAAUAAGUACAAACUUCCUUAAUGUUGUCUCACUUAAUGUCAGAUAAAAAUGUCUGAAGAAGAUCAUGGGAUAAUGAGCAUAAUUUGUAAUGACGUGUCUUACAUUAAAAAAUUCUCUAUUUAAUU